CUUGCUGCUGCACGGAGCGCUAGGUUGGAUCUUCACUCGUGGAUAUUCGGUUAGAAAGUGAAGCACAAGUGAAGUAGCAGCAGUAGUAGGAGGAGGAGGCGUAGGAAACAGUUUGUGCCUGCACACGGUGUGCUUCAGUGUGUGCGAGCGUGCGUGCGUGUGUCCCCGCUCUAGCCCUAGUGUAGUGUGUAGCCCGAGUGCAGAUAAUAAAUUCAGUGUAGCCUCCGUCGUGUACAACCCAUCUUGGUCUGGUAGCUACGCAAUUGCUACGAGUGUGUUGUUCGAAUAUUGGAAUAUUCGGUGAAGUACAAGAUAAAACUCGGGUCUCCUGAUUAAUCUGGUUUUCAUUCGAAGCUACUGUUAACUACUAGUUGUCAAAGCUUAUGUCGUCCUUAUAUAAUCUGUAGUAGGGUAGCAAGAAAAAGAAAAUCAGGGCAGUGGAUACUUAACUACUCUGUAAGCACUCCGUGAGACCGAUUAUCAAGUGCGUGGGUGAUUGUAAUUCAAAAAAGCUCCCCCACGGCGCGAAUGAAUUUUCACCAUUAGCCCUGCCGAAGGCCGAAGAAGGCCUUUCCAGCGUUUGUGAGAAGCUCCCUCAUUGCCCUCCCAACAAUAGGCGUGGUGUUCUUUAUAGCGUUCACACUGGGUAUGGGCGAUUAGGUGAGUGAUGAAGUGAAACCAGGAAAGCGCCCAGCAGCCGCCAUUCGUCGGUGAUAAGAUUAGAAAAGCGAAGCGAGCUUUUUCUUCGUAGAUACCCACCUAUUCCGAGGAUAUUCUGUGGAAGUAGAGAAUAUUAGUGUUGGUUGCAGCGUAUUAGUAGAGUGCGAAAAAGUGCAGUGUAAUCACUGGCUGUGAGUCACAGCAUGGAGAAAUCUGGAGGAGAAUCACGGGAAGGCGGGUCGUCAUCGAUUCCGUCCGCUGGCUCGUCAUCGGCUGCAGCAGCUGGUCCGGUGCCUGGGUGUGGUUCUAGCGGUGGCAGUGCUUUAUCAUCCAACCCGCUAACACUGAAUGUCACCACCACGACAGGAGGCAACUUCUCCGUUAUCGUCGAUGGUGAAAAUUCCGUAGAAAACCUGAAAAAAAUUAUAUCGAAAAAGCUGAAAGUCUCCAAGGACCGUAUCUGCUUGCUGCACCGAGAGAGGGAACUCAACGAUGGGACUCUGCGGGAAAAUGGACUAAUGGAUGGCUCCAAGCUGAUACUGACGCCAAACGUGGAAACGGGAUUAUUGGCACAACGGGCCGAGAACACUGUGAUGCAAGCGCUGGAAUCGCUAAACGACAAUCAGGUUAACGAUUUUCUGAGCGGAAAAUCGCCGCUGAACCUAAGCGUUCGCCUGGGGGACCACAUGAUGUUGAUCCAGCUGCAGCUGAGCACUCUGAAUCCGGCGUCCCAAAGUGGGAGCCGCUCGAAGGCUCACAAAUCCCGAACGGCCAUCUCGGCUGUUUCGUCCGGAGCGCCGGCGCCUUCCGGUGGAUCGAGUACCAGCUUGAUUCCAGCUUCGCCAUCUCGCAGCAGCCAUAGCAGAACCACAAUUCCAAUCGGCUUUCGCAGAUUAACGACGGCACCCGAUGCUGUCCCGGCUGCUGCCCGUCCCAUCAUGGAGCACGUGAACGAAGGUCAAACCCUAACUAAACAGGAGAUUGAAAGUAUCCAUAGUAUAGUGAAAAAUCUGACUGAAAGCGAUAAUUCGACGGUAGCCACGGUGACUCCAGCUUCGCAGGACGAAAUGGAAACAGACUCACCGACAAAAACUUCCACCUCGGAAUCGCCAAUUAAAUCUCUGUCAAACCUGGUUUCCAGCUCUAUCAACGCUAGCAUUCCUCCUGCAGCCAAUAAUAACACGAUCUCAAGUGGCCCGCCCUCUCCAUGCGCGGAUCCAAUUAGCGCAAACCUGACCUCGUGCUUGUGCAGAAGAUUAGACAACAACGAUAACAACUCUUGCGAUCCAAACUGCCUAAUACGUACUCCCGAAGCGUCGUCGUCAUCGUCACAACCAUCGACGUCUUCCACGGGCCUGCAUCGCACUGCCCAUAACCCCAUAGCUCGCCACAAGGCAAAAAUUCAAACAUUUAGAAAAUAUAUUAGCUUCGAUGGGUCAGCCACUCCGCCAAAACCAGAGCAGGAAACGCUGCCAGCUACGGGUUCCCAUUCUGCUCCGAACUCACCGCAUCGCUUGGAACAUCCGCAGUUGCAUCCGCACCUGCAGCAUGGCUUUCAUUACCAACACCAACAGCGUCAUCUGGCAGGCCAUUUGUCUUCUCCAGUAAAUCCGCAGCCAAAUUCCAACAUCAGCAGCAGCAGCAGCAGUCACGCUCGUCUACCAAACACCGACCCGAACGGUGUCGAAAAUCCGGCUCUAGCCGAAGCUUCCCGCAACUUGACCCAAACGCUUCGCAAACUUUCCAAACGGGUAUUCACCAAAAAUGCAAACGACAACACACAGGAGAGCACCGGCAAAAGCGUCAGCUCCGGAGCGGUAAUAGAAUCGAUGAAACAUCACGGGAAGGGUAUCUAUUCGGGCACUUUUUCCGGCACACUGAAUCCGGCCCUGCAGGACAAAUUUGGCCGACCGAAGCGGGACAUUUCCACCAUCAUUCACAUCCUGAACGACCUGCUUAGUGCAGCGCCGCAAUGCGCCCGCUCCGGUACCAAAAUCUAUUUCGAGCCUUCGCAGCCUGCAUCGGUGGCUUCUUCUAUACCCGGGACAAGUGCAACUAUCACUACUAGUACGAGCAGCAGCAGCAGCAGCAGUGCUUCCAGUGCGAGUAGUAGUGGUAGUGGCAGCGGCAGUGGUAGCAGCAACGGUAGUAGCAACAACUUGCAAACUGCAGCAGUGAUGGCGCCUCCUCCUACUGAAGUUGCCACCAGUAGCACCAGCUUCACAACACCCAUCGCGGCUCCCAGCCCGCGCUUGGUGACGAGAUGUGUACCAACGCCGAUCCAGACCAAAAAGUAUCCCAGCAGUGUAACCACCGUUACCUACGCCGGACCAAGCUCCGUCGCGGGCUGCAUUAGCUGCAAGCCGCUAAACCCGCCUAACCUCUCGAUGACCAGUAGCGCCAGCUACGGCCGCUGUCACCAUCAUCAGAAAAUGACGGUCUCAAAGACAGCAUGCAAAUGUGGUUUACCGCUAACGCCCACGGUUUCGCCCAGCAGCCCGCAGUGCCAGCGCUGUAUGGCCAUCAGUGCCGCCGCGCUGGAAAACUCCAAAACCAAGUCCAAACUAGACAACCUCCGUCUAAUAAUGCAGCAGAAAAAGGAGCGCCGAGAGGCACGCAAGCAAAAGUGUGCGCCGUACAGUACGACACUCUCCGCUGCUGCCGUCUCCUCUGCUGUGGUCGUUACCACCAGCACCAACCCGACCGGGGGCAGUGGGUCGACACUAGAGCCGGCUUGCUCCUCACAUCGUCAGUUAGCUGCCGUCGCGACCAACACCAAUACCGGUGCAGUUGCUGUCGAGACAAUGGACACCACACCACCCUCAUCGGCCGUGACGGUGUCGGAAUCCAGCAAACCAAGAGCGGCAGCGGCGGCUGACAUCACAGCCACAGCAGUAGAAGCAACAACAUCCAGCAGCAGCAGCAGCAAUAAUGCGGCCACUGCCACCGCCACCGCUACCACCACAACUACAUCGGCAACCGCAGCCGCCACCACAGCCGCUGCGACAUCUUCGGAGGCGGCUCAGAGCAGUCACCAGCUAGUGGAAGAGGUCGAUACCGUCGCAUAAGGUGCGUGUUGUCACGCCGGAGAGCACCGGGGCCGGGAAGUGUGGUCGUAUCAGGUAACUCACGGGAGAGCGAAGUGCUGGCUACCGCUCCCGUGAAAGCGAACUUCGAAAGAGCGAACAAUAGUGCAGCUGCUCGGGCGCCAUCUGUCGACGGACAUCAUGGGACGUUGUUUUCGUUUUAUUAUACUGGGUUGGGGUUAAUAAUUUGGAUUUGGGCGUGUGAGAAAAUUAACUAUUUUAUAAGCAUUUUAAUUGGAAAGACCACAUAUUCGCUUCUUCGACCGAGCAGUUAUUGAUUUGCGAAGAAUGCGUCAGCUUAAACUUUGAUAUAAUAUACUGAAUAGUAUGAUAUCGUAGAGAAUAUUCUGCCUGGGGCAGACUACUGAAAAUAUGAUUUAACUUUUCCCAUUUGUUCGCUAAGUGGCAACAACAGGACUUAAAGACUGUCCGAGUUUCAUCUAAUUAAAACUUUUGUUUUGUUAAACCAAUAGAACAUAAUUCCAAUCCAAAAAGUUUCAUGAUAUACCGCAACUAACCCUGAACUUAUUUGUUGUUUGUUUUUCGACUGAAUCUACGUCCAUUUGAGUUAAAUUGUUCCCUACUUCAUACCAACUUGUUUUCUGAGGUUUAUGAUACCCUCUCAGAUUUCAGUGAGCUAUUUACAAACUUGUUUAACUUCAUAAGUUUUCAACUGUGAAGAACCUGAGAGGGGUAAAUUGGCAAGAAAGCGUCAUUUUGAAGUUUUUCGAUUUUUUACAAAUAUUUUACACCUUUGGUAGUUAAUAAUUAUUCGCUAGCGAGUUCACCGUACUAAAUAACCUCAAAAAAACAGACUCAACAAGGCGAAUUCUUAACUUUCACCAAGAGUUUUUUUUUCGUUACGAAAUAUUUGAAAACGUUGUGACAACUGUUGCAACUGUCUUUUCGAUGGCGUCGCUUUAAAUUUUGUUUAGGUUAAAUAUUAAAAAUUCACAAAACAAUUUUUAGGUAUUAAUUUUUUUAGUGUUGUAAUUUGCAAAAACAAAAACAAGCUGCUUGUUAGCACAAGCAAAAAAUCAUUAAUCAUUUUUGAAAUACUAUGAAGUAAAUAAAUUGAAUAAGCAAAUAAUUAGAAGCAAAAAUAAAUAAGUAAAUAAAUAUAUUAUGAAAUGAAUAAAUGAUAGUUGUAGUAGACACCAGCUUGGGCUACUGUAUAAACAAUAGCGUCACUCAAAUUCAUGUAAGUUCAAAAUUUACGUAGUCAUUUUACGAAAGCGAUAGUUAAUAAUCUAACGGUGUAAACAAGCAAGAAGAUAGUGCGUCAAAUAUGAAUUAUUUUCCGAACGCAAUCCCGUGUUCAUCAAUUGGGUCCUAAAGCUAUACCAGUUUUUAUAUAUCAUUUGAAAAAGCCGCGUUUUCUGAGCAAAAUGUGAUUUUUAAAAAAUGUUUAUUGUUUUUCUUCGAUUUUUAAAUGAAGAAUAAAAAAACUGCUCGAAAGGUCUUAGAUGACGUUUCGCCCAUGUACGGUAUAUGAGAGAACUGUCAUUAAAGGCAUUUCUAGUUUUUUAUUCUUCAUUUAAAAAUCGAGGGAAAACGAUAAACAUUUUUUAAAAAUCACGUUUUGCUCAGAAAAUUGCACUCUCCCAGUUGAUAUAUAAAAAUCAGAAAACCGUUUAAAACUUUAGGACCCCAUUAGAAAAUAAUAUUAAUCGAGAAUGAUAAACAGCAGAAAAUAAAACAAGCUGGCUAGCGAGAAAACAUAAAACAAAAUAAUAAUAAAAAACGCAACAAAAACUAAUGGUUUUCUUUCAAUGUGCCGACAUCAGCAAGCACGACUUCGGCUUCUCUGCACGGUUGCUCGCUAAAGCUCGUGACUCUAGUAUUUUUCGACACAUCACUCAUGUAACCUAGAAACAAAUCCAACCAGUAGAUAACGUUCGAAAAUAAGCCUCUGACUGUUUUCCGUUGGGUAUAAAUUUCACUUUCUGUCAUAUGAUUUAAAAUUUAAAUUUCCACGUUACCGGCUUAUAGGACCAACAAAGCACUUGAUUUUAAACUACAGCAAAAUAAUUUUACUUAGAAGGCGGAUCAACGCCUGCCAACUCAACUCUCUUGUCACAUGGAUCAACAAUACUGGCUGAACAUAGAUCUACAUAAAAAAAACGGCAGAACAGUGAACAAUCGACAUCUAAACAGUAAAAUACAAUAGAUCAAUUCACAAUAGCUACAGUUUCUAGACAGGUUCCGAGAUUAUGCUCAAAUCAAUACAGGACGAUUCAAUGUGUAUUGUGAACGUACAGAAGGUACUGGUCAUUUGGAAUAAAUUCUUCGAGAUUA